AUGGCAGCCACAACUACUAACCACCUUAUUGCCAGCCAUCGACACAUCGAGGCACACAAUGAUUCCAACGCAAGAAUGCCCCGACGAUCGGCUAUUGCUGAGAAGGAAGAGAAGAAGAUCCCCGCCAUUAAUGCCUCUGCGGACGAUAUCGCCAAGGCUGGCGAGGUCCUAUCGCCACCGUCACCGUCGUCAUCGUACUUAUCGUCCGCUGUUGCGUUCGUACUCCUGGAUCCCUCUCCAAGGGAACUGCGCCGACGGCUCCGAAACCGUGAACGCGCCGGCGGGCAUUUCAUGAAAGCCUGUCUGCUCGAUUCGCAGCUUGCAGCUCUGUCCUACAGUGAAGACGAGCUGCUCGCGCAUAUCCGCGAUGGAAGUACAUCGACAAAUCAACAACAAUAA